UUUACUAGCUGGAAAAUGGGGGUUCGGUGUGCUUACAUGUGUGUAGAUUCAAAAAUAAUGGCUUCAAAACCCUUUACCCCAGAAGAGGCCAGGAGGAUUGUCCAGUUUCUACAGAAGCCUGCUGUGUUCCUGAACAUGACCACAGACUGGCCAGCAUUGCAUUGGACUGUGGAGCAUCUGUCAACUUGCCUUACAGAGAGGCUUCGAUUCCGUAUUGGGAAAAGGACUGAGGAUAUGGCUCCUCUUUUUGAAACAGAGUGUUUCUACAUUGAAGCAACCAUUAAAGAGUUUCUGUCCUGGACUGCCAGUGAAGAUGAAGCACUUGUUGGGCCAUUUUCUGACUAUCACUGCAAAGAAUUCUGGGCUUAUGCUGAUUACAAGUACAUUGCCCAGCUUUUUCAGGAUAAACCUGCCAUGAUUCAGGAUGUGGUGUGGUCCGACUUUGGCUUUUCUGGACGAGAUGGACGAGACAGCACACUUUGGAUUGGGACACAGGGUGCUAACACUCCUUGUCACAUUGACUCUUAUGGUUGCAAUCUUGUCUUCCAGAUCCAAGGCAGAAAACAAUGGCAUCUCUUUCCUCCCAAUGACACACACUGUCUCUACCCAACACGUAUACCAUACGAGGAGUCCAGCGUGUUCAGCCAGGUCAGCAUCGUCCAGCCAGACCUGAAGAAGUUCCCAGCAUUCAGAAGAGCUCACGCCCACACCAUCACUCUGCAGCCUGGUCAGGUUCUGUUUGUCCCCAGACAUUGGUGGCACUAUGUGGAGUCAGUGGAUCCAGUGACUGUCAGUGUGAACUCCUGGAUUGAGCUGGACAUGGAUGAUGAGGCCAGAGUAAGAGAAGCUCUCACUAAGACUAUUGUGUAUGCCCUAAAAAGUUCCCCCAGCUUUGACAACAACGACCGCUGGCUCAAUCCUACUGAGGAUGGAGUUUCUUCACAUGAUGAAAACAUGCAGUAUUUGAACCUAGCAGUAAAGGCUUGUAUGGACAAGAGGAGAGAUGAUACUGAAGGCAGGGCCUCACUUGCAGACCAACCCAGAGCAGAGCUGGGAAAACGCGACUCCAGCGGACUGUUAAAGACUCCAACGUCUCUCUCCUUCGCGGUUCCCUUCGGACCUCAUCUCAUUCCUGUUAAUUUGGCUCACAAACCCACAUACACCUGCCCAAAGGACACAUCUUGUUACUGGUACAAUGAGCUGUCACGGUGCCAAAGUACAUCCCGAGAUGAAGACGAACCAAGAAGUGACAAUGAACUUCAUCAAAGAUCGGGUCCGCAUGCACAUCAGGAAGCAGGAAGUCCAGGAACCUCAGGAGGAGGUGCUGGUUUGCACGUAUCAACCAAUGACAUGCUCCAGUUCCUGGUACACCCUGAUGUCAUCACUCUAGUUACAAGGCUAAUCAUGUGUCGACAAAGAGAACUUCACUAUUAAUUUGUACUAGAUGAACUAUUUUUAUAAAUAAAAGAUCCCAUGCUAAUUUUUUCUUGAAUCUAUCACUCCUUUUGUACACAUUAGUUGUCAACAAUGUAAUACUCAUUUGUUUUCCAGACCCAAAAUAAUUGAUGUAAAACAAAGACUAGAUGCGGUCACAUUUUGCAUGUAUUACCUGAAUGGUCAUUAUAACAAGGGCCCUAUUCAGACAGACGUAGUUGUUCCCUAAUGAGGUUGGGUAAAUGUAUGUUUCAUAAAUAUGAACUUACUAGUGAUUGUAAUCCCAUUUGAAUUGAACAAUCUCUGGUUUUCUCACACAACUUCUGUAAAAAGUACAUGGCGAAUGAAAAUGAUUUUUCAGCCAAAUCGGGUGUAGAAAUAUAAUCCUGUUGGAGGGGAAUGUCUGUGACUGUAGUAUACAAUUUUUUCACAACGCAUUUGCUUAAUUACCUUCAUCACAUACUUUAAAGGCA